UUUAUGGACACGUUUGAUCUUUCCGAGCGACAUAAACGUGACAGAGCUACAGCAGCAUCUCUGCUCGGAAUAAUGCUUCUCAAAAACCUUACUUAGAUGACAUAAUGAGUAAAUUAGAUGCGGAGAAAUUGAUAAAAAAUAUUGAAAAUAUCAUAAUGAAUGACACUGUUAAUGCAAAUAACGAGACUUGGGCCUAUAUGUCCACACUGGUAGACAGUAUAGUAAGAAGUUUACUUGAUCUGGAGAAUGCAGAUAUAACUGGUGUGGAAGAUUGGUUCCAACCUAUUCUGAAAGCUCUAGAAAAUAUGGGAAACACGGCUGAGACUGAAAGUUAUGAAGAAGUAUGCGAGCGUACACUACAGUAUACCAUGUCAACAGAGAUGUAUACUACAUGGGUUAAACCAUACAUGGAUUCUGUACAUACAUUUAUCAUGAUUUCUAACUCUGUCAUGAAUGUACAGAUUGGUGUUGAUGAAGCUGUGUGUCAGAUGCAGAUGAAGAACAUCACCGACGUAAUAAAAUAUCUUGAUGAUCGUGGUUUAAUUCGUGAAUUGAAAAAGAUUGAAGAAAUGAUGUCACAAAAAAACCGAGACAGAAUUCUCUUGCGCAAGGACUUCAACAUAUACUGGUUUCUUUGAAACAUUAGCCACAUCUCUAACUAAAGUAUUUGAUGGAUCAUCAAAUAUUGUGGAGUGUGUAACAGAAACUUUAUCCGACUCUGAGGGAUUACUUCAAGACCUUUCGAAAUUAUUCAGCGCAGGUUUCUGAAGCAUUAGAGUUACUGCAAAAUGAAGACAUCCCGGGCACUUCUUGACAGCUUGAUGGGUACAAAUGGUUCAACAGAAUUUAUUGAUAUGAUUCGAGAAAUAUACAACCAACAAGAAGCUGCUGUGAAACAACUACAGGACAGUUUAGAAGAUGACAUGUCAGAUAUCACAGCUUUCCUACAGAAAACUCUCUCUACAAGUAUAGAUUCUGUAUUCUCCUCCCUCAAUAUGACAUUCCUAGAAAAUGCU